AUGUCUGAGGAAAUUGGCCAGGUCUCUGUCGAAAGUCCAAAUGUCCCAGACAAACCGAUCUGGUACUUCGCCUACGGAUCCAAUAUGAAGUCAUCCGUUAUGAAGGCUCGCGGAAUCACACCUCUCAGUGCCCAAGCCGUGGUCGUCCCAUCUCACAUCCUCUGCUUCGACAUCUUCGGUAUUCCCUACGCGGAGCCGUCCUUUGCCAGCAUCGCACCCAUGCCGCGUGGAACCGCAGGCUCUACAAACGACAAAGAUGGUCAGUCCUUGGUACCGGUUCAUGGCGUUGCAUACCUGCUCACACCAGACGAUUACCGGCGUUUGGUGCUCACCGAGGGUGCCGGAGUUGGGUACCACGAGAUUACCGUCAUGGCCGGACCGGUGGCCGACCUCCACACGGAUAAGCGGGAGAUAUUGGUGCAUACACUACAAGCCAAGUAUCCCUGGCAACCGACUAGAGCACCAAGUGCCCGAUACAUGGGAUUGAUUCUCGAGGGUGCCAAAGAGUUUGAUCUCCCCCCAGCUUAUCGGACUUACCUCGAGUCACUGCCUACAUUUGAACGGUCCCAAACCCUGAGAGGCCGCCUUGGGGCUUACUGGUUCCUCGCUUUCUGGCGUCGCGCUAUUAGAAUGCUGGCAGGUCUGACAAAGGAUUACAGCUCGAAACAGACAGAGACAUUCCCCGACGAGCUUCACUGGAACAGGCUCCGUGACACUCUCCAGCAGAUCGAUGUAAUCCACCGCAUGCUGGAGGACUAUCCCCACAUCUUUGGUCUGGCCGAGUCAGCGGCCGAUGUCUGGAGUGUUUUUCGCUCUGGCCGCGUUGCCAGCCUCAUUGGCAUUGAAGGUCUUCACCAGAUCGCCAACUCGCCGAGCAUUUUGCGAACGUUUCACCGGCUAGGAGUUCGUUAUGCCUCGUUAACUCAUACCAGCAACAACCGAUACUCGGACUCUGCUACAGAUUCUGCUUUGCACCAUGGCUUGAGCGCAGAUGGAAAACGGAUGAUUGAGGAAAUGAAUCGGGUCGGGAUGAUUGUGGAUUUGUCCCACACGAGCGAGGCAGCUCAGCAGGACGCGCUCGCAAUUUCCAGGGCUCCAGUGAUAUUCUCUCACUCCGCAUGCUUCGCCCUUGUUCCACACAGAAGGAAUGUCUCAGACAGUGUAUUGCAGCUCUUGAAGCAAAAUGAAGGAGUCCUUAUGGUCUGUUGUUUGCGAGAGCUCGUUGACCCCGCCGGGGGUGUCCAUGCCAAUCGGAAGCAGGUCGUGGACCAUAUCGUCUACGCCGGUGAAAAAAUCGGAUUCGAUCACGUCGGUAUUGGAUCUGAUUUCGACGGCAUGCUUGAAGGCCCCGAUGGCAUUGACGAUGUGUCCCAGUUCCCUGCGUUGGUGGAGGAUCUACUACGCCGUGGGGUGUCCGAGAGCGCGAUCCAGAAGAUCCUUGGCCUCAAUAUCCUGCGAGUCCUGAAACAAGUGGAGGAUGUAUCUCUCCGGGAAAGGAUGACUGGGUCUACGAAGGCUCUAUGCGACGAUAUGGAGCCGGCAUGGACACCGGAGCAGAGGGAGAUUCUUCUCGCUCAGGGCAAGAAACGCGGACUAUGGCAACCAGACGAGGCUAGGUAG